CUUUCUUUCUUUCUUUCUUUCUUUCUGUUGCUUCAAGUUGGUGACAGAGCGCGUCUGUCGCAGACCGAAUGCCGACGUCGACAUGAGCCUGGAAAACAGAGAUGCUGGUGGCCUUGAAGACGACGUCCUGGCGAUCACAUGGUUCAUCAGGGCUGUGCUUGUGUUGGUAGUGGCGGGCUUGUGCCUGAAGGCGUACCUGCUCUACAGCAAGCGCAUUUACCGCGGCACCACCACGAUCCGCGGGAAGACGGUCAUCGUGACAGGCAGCAACGCAGGAAUCGGAAAGGAGACGGCCAAGGAACUUGCCAGGAGGAAGGCCCGCGUGAUCUUGGCCUGCCGAAACGUCCAUCGUGCACAAAAGGCCGCUCAAGACAUCUUUGCGGAAACUGGCGAAACGGUGGUGGUCAAGCAGCUCGACCUGUGCUCCUUCAAGUCGGUGCGGGCCUUCGCCGAAGAUAUCAUCCGGACGGAGCCCCGACUGGACGUGCUGAUCAACAACGCAGGUGCCUGUCUUUUCUUCGCAGACAAGCUGAUUCUCACAGAGGACGGCUACGAAGUGGGCCUGCAGAGCAACUAUCUGGGUCAUUUCCUGCUGACUAUUCUGUUGACAGAGCUUCUCAAGAAGAGCGCGCCCAGCCGCGUGGUGAACCUGUCUUCGGUGUUGCACCACUUCGGCACCACGUGGCGCAUCGAGGAGCAGGCAAAGGGCACGUACGGCUGGCGCACGCCUCUGCUCACCUACUGCAACACCAAGAUGGCCAUGGUGCUCUUCACCCGAGCUCUGGCACCUCGGCUCAAGAUGCACGGAGUGACCGUGAACGCAGUCCACCCGGGUGCAGUCAACACUGGAAUCGCCGGAGAAGAAAGGCUGAUCGCCUACCUCUUCCGGAUCCUCGUGAAUCUCUACGGAAAGGUAACGGGUGCCCUUGUUUUUUGCUUUUUAUUUUCUUUUUGCGUUGAGAAAGGCGCUGGUAGUGCAGGACUAUGAACGGCGUCUCGAGUGCACACGGACACUGAAUUGUCCCGGUGCUAUGGAGGAUCACAAGCUAACCGGAAGGGAAGCUAAGGAGCCAUGGAAGGGAAAACAUGCGUAGAAACAGCGUGGGAUUCCAGAGAAAACUCGAGUAGAGGGUGUUCUGGCUGACGCCAAGACUAGUGGAGGCCGUCAGGUCGAUGAUACAAUGCAUCUGUGUAAUAUAAAACAGGCAACGGGUGGCCUGCAAUAGAAAAGCUGGCGAGGGAAGGAA